AUGGCUACAACCCUGUUCCCGAAUGUUGCUCGACGUAUUGAAAUUCUAACGGAGCAUAAAAUCAGCAACGAUCUCGAAACCAGAUACAUUGUAGACGCAAUACAAAAAGUCAUUAAGGAACGACGAUCCAAUCCAAAUGUUAUCCAGCACGAUUUCCUUCAGCUCCUAUUGGACUGUUCCGAGAAGAAAACCGACGACGGUGAAGUGGAUCUUGCGAUUACGAAUGAUGUGAUCUCGAAAGGUGGUCAUAAGGUAAUCGAAAAGCAGUUGACUACUUAA